AUGUCUUUCAGUACCUUUUUAUUGACUACUACCGAUCAAGAAUUAGCAAUUAAAAUCUGUUCUUCUGUUCGACAACAUACUGAAAUAUUACCUGUUCUCUUUCAAAUCAAAAUUGAACAUGUUACUUCCAAAAAUACACCAUUUAUCGUGCUGAAUGAAUUAAGUUAUGAUUAUAAAUCAAGAAAAGACAUUUUGUUCUCUAUGACCAGUAUUUUUCAUAUCAGUCAUAUAGCCAAAAAUCAGGAAAAUAUUUGGCAAGUGCAAUUGACAGGAACAAAUGUGAAUGAUACGUCGCUUGGAGCUUUCAUUGAGAUAAUGGAUAUGCAAACUUGGAAGGAAAAAGGUUGGCAUAAAUUAGGUAAAUUGAUGCUUUCAAUGGGAGAGGCAGAACGUGCCGAACAAUUAUAUAAAGUCUUACUGGAAAUGACGGACAAUGAUGAUAAAAAAGAAAUUAUCCGUUUAUAUGAGAUAUUGGGUAAUAUUAAAUACCAAAAUGGUAGUUACGACGAGGCUUCCCACUUCUUUGAAAGAAAACUUCAAAUCGAACAAAAGUUUCUAUCACCCUACCAUUCUGAUGUUGCUUCCACAUACAGUUCGAUUGGCGUUCUGUACAGCAAAAUGGGAAAGUUAGAAAAGGCACUUUUAUCUCAUCAAAAAGCACUUGAAAUUCAAAAACAUAUUCUUCCUUCUAAUCACCCAAAUCUUGCUAUCACUUACGACAACAUUGGCACCGUAAAUCGCAAAAUGGGAAAUUACCCAACUGCACUUUCCUUUCAACAACUGGCACUUCAAAUCAAUGAAAAGGUGCUACCUUCCAACCAUCCUGACCUUGCUCUUAACUAUAAUAACAUCGCUACAACAUACAAAUCUAUGGGAAACCAUUUAGAGGCACUCUUGUUCCUUCAAAAGACUCGUCAUAUCCAAGAAAUCAUUUUACCUUCCGAUAGUUCAGACCUUGCUACUACUUAUGACAAUAUUGGUGGAAUUUAUCAAGAUAUGAAUCAGUAUGAAAAUGCCGCCUUUUUCUAUGAAAAAGCUCUGGAAAUCAAUGAAAAAGUUUUACAUUCCAAUCAUCCUGAACUAUCCAUCACCUACAGCAAUAUUGGCAACGUAAAGAGUCACACAGGAGACUAUGUGAGUGCACUCUCUUUCUAUCAUAAAGCACUUCGAAUCCGACAAACAUCUCUUCCACCCAAUCAUCCUCUCACUGCAGGCGCUUAUAUUGACAUUGGUACUGUGUAUCAGGACAUGAAACAGUUCUCAGUGGCACUCACGUUCUAUGAAGAGGCGCUACAAAUGCAACAAAUAUCUUUGCCACAUGACCAUCCUGACCUUGUUCAAACUUAUAUGCAUCUUGGUAGUGUACAUUACAUGACUGGAAAGUAUUCCACUGCACUCAUGUAUUAUGAACGUGGGUUAGAUAUCGGAGAAGUAUCCCUCCCAGACAACCAUGAAAGGAUGAAGAUUCUUCGACAAAAUAUUGCUUUUAUCGAAAAAGAAUUGUGA